CAUCAUUGGCAAUAAACACAGGUUGUCAAAAUCCAGUGAGGAGACACAGCCAGCAGGUGAAAGACAGAGUUCUGGACAGAUCAGAACAAAACGAACCAUUUGGUUUACUUGUUAAAUCAAAAACUAACACUGGAAACCUCCCUCAACACUGUAUCAUGCAGCUUGUAGGUUUUUCUUCUGCACGCACAAUGAAACUAGUUGCAGACGUUCAACUUCAGCUGUGUAAGGCACUGCUUGUGAUUCUGUUUUCAUCCAGGUGUCGUUCAGCCGCUCUGCUUUCUCCUCCCAGGUGUUUACCUCCCACCCCACCGCCCACCACGGCCCUCACCUGUGUGUUGCGGUGCUUCCCCUGUGAGCCGACCUGGGCCGGCAGUCCGUUUUUGCACCGCCCGCCAACACCGCCCAUGGUCAGGAUGACGCGCUCCAAGACGUUCCAGGCGUACCUGCCGAGCUGCCACCGGACGUACAGCUGCAUUCACUGCCGAGCUCACCUGGCCAACCACGACGAGCUCAUCUCAAAGUCGUUCCAGGGCAGCCAGGGCAGAGCUUACCUGUUCAACUCAGUGGUGAACGUUGGGUGUGGCCCUGCAGAGGAGAGAGUUCUGCUGACAGGCCUGCAUGCUGUGGCGGAUAUCUACUGUGAGAACUGCAAGACCACUCUGGGCUGGAAAUAUGAACAUGCUUUCGAGAGCAGUCAGAAGUAUAAAGAGGGCAAGUUCAUCAUCGAGUUGGCCCACAUGAUCAAGGACAAUGGCUGGGACUGAGGGGCGAGCAGCUGAGUGACGACCACGUUGGAUGGGAGGGAGGCAGGGAGUCGUGGGGGUGAUUGUGUGCGGUGGGUGAGUGUGUGACUUUGGUUUGGCUGAUUUACCAUUAACCUCUGUAACUUACUGCCCAUCCACACACCUCUUGAUGUACACACACACGUCAUGUGCGGUAACACACACCGAGGUCGCAGACAUCCCAGUUUGACAGGAGUACUAGGUGACUGGCCAGCAAUAGACAAGAUGUUACGUUUUGGUUUUAGUUUUAUAAAACACAAGCUCUGAAAAGCAGCUCCGCGAAACGUUCCCUGUGCUGUGUUGAUUCUUCUACCUUGUCUAAAAAUAGCAGCUGCAAGGCGUCCAGUGGCUCGGUCUGGCAGCUUGCUCUGGUUUUGGUUGAAGAGCUGAUCACUGGGUCCCCAACAUGAAUGAGACCUAAGAUGAUUAUAGCGGACUCAACUGAUUGGGGCUAUGUCAUCUGGGCCUGACGAGGUCUGACCCCGAAUGGGCCUGAACACACGGGCUUUUAAAGGGUUCUGUGUGCAGAGAUUACCACCCCAUUGGCUGUUCCUUCAAAAAAACGGUGGAAAAUCUAGAUCCGGGUGUUGCUGCUUUGUUGGCUUCUGACUGGGAUCCCUUCAAUGCCUCGCCACUGAUGCAGCCCGGGACGAAACAAGAAGGUAAACGAAUGCAGACGGACAGCCACCUGCUCUCUCUGAGAGCUCACAGGAAGGUGUCCUCGAAGCAAAAAAAGCAGCUCCUCUUGUUUCUGUUCUUGCAGAACAGAAACAUGGGUCUACCGUUCCUCCCAUGUUAGAUGUCUUGCAUCUGCGGAUGCAGCAAUGCGUCCACUGUUGUCGUUGGGUCAUAUAGAGUUACGUACCGGGACAGAAAAUCUGUCUGGGAGUCCCAAAGGUUUGUGAACACUGUGAGCAUCUCUCUGCCAUUGUAGGGCAAAGAGCAAAGGUGAUGCGGCUCUGCAGGGUUUGUAGUAAUCUGUCAUUGACAUGCCCCCCCUGCUGUCAUGCAAACAAUGAGUAAAGUCACUAAAAGUAUUGACUUUUAUUGCAAUGGUACAUGACCACAAAGGCAUUCAGAUCUCUGAGUAGAAAGUACCGAUGUUAGGUUGUCUUUCUGUCUGGGAUCAGUGCUGUGAAACUGCUGUUACUCUGAUCUGUUGUCCUUACAAAAACAUGGGGCAGCAUAAAUACGCAAUGUACUUGACUCACUCAUACAGUUGCCCUCAAAAGAUCACACACACCUCCUAAAAUGUCAGGAUUUUGUGAUGCGAAACAAAUUGUAAAAAUAUCUAGAAAUGCUUCCAGCUUUAAUCUUAAACACACCCAGAGCAAUUCAACUGGAAAACAAACAAAUGGAUUAGGAAAAAAUAGAACAAUAAUCCCACAGCUUUAGUUCUAGACUCAGCCAGGCCAUUCCGAAAUGUUAACCUGGACCUUGAAGAAAAUCAGCCCCAGGUCAUAAUGCUGCCACCGCCAUGUUUCACUGUUAGUGUGGUGUUCUUGUGGUGAUGCAGAGUUGUUUUUGGAGUUUUGAUCGACAUUUAGGUUUUGAUUUUAUCUGACUGGAACACAUAUUAAUGCAAGGUUUUAAACUGUGAUCUCUUUGAAAAUCUGCCUCUUUGCUGUAUUUAUUUUGGUUUUAGUGGGUUUUCCGUGCCACGACCAACAUAUUUAAUACUGUGGAUUAUUUUGUCCCCUUUUUCUGACCCUUUAAGAUCCCAUUGAUGCUUUCAAAAUUUCUGCAAACACGACUUAAUAAAUAGAUAUUGGGGAAAAUGCAGAUUUGUUUUUCAGUUGAAUUGUAGCUGCUGCAUGCUAAAAUAAAUGUGGAGCAAGUUUUAUGAUCAUUUAUUUUGAUCUGAUUUUUUUUUUCUUUUUCCCAAUCCCAAAUCCCCGGCAAUUUGGUAGGAGUGUGUGCUACUUCUAACAUGCACUGUAUGUCUUUUCUGCUAUUCACGUGUCUAUUGGUCGACUUUACUGGAUUACAUUUGAGCUCCCAUCUCUUGGUACAUCAUUUCUAACUUUUCUUGGCUAAGGCCAGGAUCCUACUAAAUCUGCUGUGUAUGUAUUGUCAUUUAUGACAGCUGGAUUCUUUUUCGAUGCAAAUGCAGCGUCACCGCGUGGAUGAUAUAAAACUGACUAGUUUUGUGUCCUCGUCACAUUUCUUGUGAAAAGAACAUUGUGUGUUGCAGUGAAAUCCUGCACUGUAACACAAAAUCUGAUCCGUUUCAUUUCGUCCCGUUUGAGCUGUGAAAUCGAUUCGCAGCAGAUAAGAUCUGAUCCUGGUUUGGAAAAGUAAAGAAACGAGUUCCUCUGUUUGUCACGAACGUGAGGGUCCUGUAGACGUUGCUCCAGAUUUCGCCCUUUAACUAGUGAGCGCUCUCCGGUUUCAAGCUAAACCCAAACUGUUACCUCUGAUCAGUAACUCGCAGCAGCUGGGGGUCAAGCUGGAGGCUGCGACUAUAAAUCCAGCACAACCAAAGAACCCACCCAUCAAGAAUAAAUUGACCAAACAAAAGAUUUAACUUUGCUUGGACAACAUGUUGCAAAACAGGAGGAUGUGUAUUUAGUUGAAAGCCAAGUUUUGUGGAUAGCCUUUCUCUGUUGUACAUGUACUGCAUUUUGAUUUUGUAAAAAGAUCUUAAUAUAUGCAUAUAUUCUAUUUACUCUAUUCAUCAUGACGAUUUCCGUUUAUGUCAACCUCUGUGUUACGGAUUGUAAAUAGUGUUAAUGUAUCGUGUUUUAUCUAUGAUCCAUAUGAUGAUGAAUGAAUAUGAUUUAGGUCACGUCACGCUUUCUCUCGACUGGUACCCCACAUUGGCUGUAUGAUAGUACUUUUUUACUGAAAAUGUUUCGAUUUUAAUGUCUUUUGUAAAAAGAGGAUGCUGAUGUUGACUAUAUCAUUGGAUCUUCAUCUAAUAAAACGCACCUUAAUAUCUGUA